AUGAACCAAGAUUUUCAAUCAGAAAAUACUUAUAACAAAGGACGAUGGAAUGCAGAAGAGAAAAAGAAAUUCGUAGACGCUCUUAAUUUAUACGGAAAAGACUGGGCUAAGAUUCAAAAUUACAUAUCUACAAGGACCCUGGUUCAAGUAAGGUCUCAUGCCCAAAAAUAUUUCCGAAAAGCCGAUAGGCCUCAAGAGCUUAAAAUGCCACAACUUUUUAGGCUGAAGGAUUCAGAAAGAAAAUUCGAUGAAUAUUUUGCACAAAUAGAACAGUUUAAACAGAUGAUGGAGCUUAAAAGGCAAGUCUGAGGUCAGACUGUAUCUGAACCAUUUUAUAACUUUUAUCCAAACAUGGUUUUACCUCAGAAAAAGGCUGAAAUGGAAGGGUGUAGCUCGAUUCCAAGCAAAAGAAUCAAAAUGGAUUACUGUGAGUAG